AUACAGCUAGCGUAUUCUUGGUUCUUGUAAUGGCAGCGCCUGGAAAUGCGUGUGCGAUACCAACAGGAAAGACAUGCUCUGCGAUCGAGAUGUUGGCGAGUGUGCUGGCGUUGCUUGUCAAGACUGUAGCUCUUGCACUUACCCAAUCGAAGGCUUUUGCUGUGAAUGUCCACUGGAGUGGGCAGGCGUGCUAUGUCAAAUGCUUGAGAUGAAUACGAGAUCCACUACGCGACAACCAGCAAUAAUGAUGACGCUGAAAUGUCAUAGCCGGAGGACUGACAGAAAAUUGCACUGACUUCAACUUGUAAUUUAAUUAAUUAAUUUAUUUUGCAUAGUUUGCAAAUAAAUUUGGAAAGUAUGAUUUCAUUUAAUUUAGAUGCAUAUAUUUACAAUAAAAUGUGUCACUUCGGCUGGCACAAAGCUGUCUACAUAAUUUACUGUUAAAUACAUCUCCCUUGAAAAUUUAUUGAAAAUAAAUUUCAUCAAA